AUGUCAAAUAAUAGUAUUAAAAAAUGUAGUAAAUGCAAUAUAGUCCGCGAUCAAUUUUUCGGAGACUAUUCUUCAAAUGAAGCUGAAAAACAACGUCGUAUUUUCAACAAAAAUGGGAAAAAGGGAGGAAUCCUUUCUGCCGGUGGAGAUUAUGACUAUUGCAAGGCCGAUGACCGUUUAUUUUCGUGCUUAGGUUGUGACGAGAAAAUUAGCGAGAAAUGGAAGAAUGAACAUCAUAUAAGAAAAUGUCGAAUUGCUGGUUGCUCUCAAAAGCCUUAUUACGAAUGUAUGGAUUUGUGCUUGCCCCAUUCUAAACCAUGUAAAGGAGGUAAAAUAAGGUCUAAUGGAAAGAAAUGCAGUGUAGCAUUGGGAAGUGAUGAAGGAGAUGUAUGCGAGUUUUGCCAAAACCAAAAGCAAUUUGAAACAAAAGAGUUUGGAGACAGUUUGCAAAAAGGAACAAAGGAGGUGAACCACACCAAAGACAAUUCUCCCACUAGCAAAAGUGAUAAUCCAACCAAACCAAACCAAGGGGAUAAGGUUGAAACUAUUGAAAUUAAAAAGAAUAAUAGCGAGAAAAAUCCUACUGAUUCUUUCCAAAAUCAAACUAACGAAACUUUAAUUAUCAAUCUAAGUGAAGUGAAACAAAUUACAUUUACUUCCGAAGGUAAUUUGGUAAUUGAGUUUAAUCCUUCGCAAUCUGAACCGCAGGCUAAUUCAGUGCAAGUUAUAACUGCCCAGCAAAUUGCCACUAAUUCAGAAUUAGUAAGAGUGAAAGAUUAUUGCCAAAGAACUUCCAAAAAUAGUUUAGGUCAGCAAGAAUUAAAUAGUAUAUUGGGAGCAGGAAAUAAUAGUUCACUCUCCCCCACUAAUUCGGACAGCAAGGCACCCAGUGUUGAAGAUUCAUUUUACGACCAACAUUUAAAAGAGUUAAAAGACCUAGAAGUUAAACAUAAUUUUAUUUUCCCUAAUUCCCCUACCCAAAAAAUAGGCUAUUCUGUCAGUAAUAAAUUUCGCCCAGUUAUCCGGCAAAUUCCAAUGUUGAGUUUGGAUAGUGUUGAUAAUCAAACCGACCUAUUUCGUUUUGAUGAGAGGGUCAAAAAGAUAUUAAAAGCCGAAGGAGAGAUAGACACCCGGGGCAAUGGAACUAUUGGCGAGGACAUUACUUUUAACAAAGAAUUAAUUAAAAAUAUUCCUCUUUUUUUAACCGAAAUUGCCAACUGUGAAGUGCGAGGGGAAGUUUAUAUGAAAAAGGAGGAAUUUUUUCGCCUAAACCAGGAACUAAAAAACAGUGAUAGUAAAGUAUUGGCUAACCCACGCAAUGCCGCCGCCGGCAGCCUUCGCACCCUUAUUCCGCUUCAAAAUCGCAGUCUACAUUUUUUUGCCUAUCAGUUGUUUAACCAGAAUACUAUGAAUGAAAUUAAACCUCCGACUAGUUCUUUGCUACCACCUAACAAAUUAGACAGUCAACUAACUUGCCUAAAACAGUUGGAAAAAUUAGCAAAAUUGAGAGAAGAAUUGGAUUUUGAAAGUGAUGCCAUGGCCUAUAAAUUCCCUGCCGGAAUGGCCACCAGCCAGGUAAAAGGUAUUGAGGUGGAAGUAAGUCGAAAUGGAAGAAUAACCUAUGUAGCCCAAAUAGAACCGGUAAUUUUACAAGGAAGCAGAAUUGGCAAGGUAACUCUCCAUAAUUAUGAAUUCAUUCGUAAUUUAAAAUUGAAUAUUGGCGACAAAAUAAUAAUUAAAAAAGCCGGUGAUGUUAUUCCACAAGUAAAACAAGUAAUUAAAGUAGCAUACAAUAGCGAGGUAUGCGAUAAGGAGGAUUGUUCGCAAAAAAUUAUUAAUUCUCUGGCUCAUUUCGCUUCCAAAACGGGGGUGGAUAUCAAAGGAAUUAGCAAAAAAAAUAUUGAAAAAUUUUAUGAGAAUAACUUACUAAAAAAACCUACUGAUUUUUAUUAUUUGAUUCAAAAAAGGGAGGAAUUAGAAAAGUUGGAAGGUUUUCAAAAAAAGAGUGUUGAUAAUAUUUUAUUCUCCAUUGAAAAUUCUAAAAAAAAAACCUUGACUAAUUUAUUAACUGCCCUCGUUGUUGACCGUUAUAUUGAUAGCACUUUUGUUUACCAAGGAUUAUCCGGAAAUAUCGGAAUCAAUUCUAUUCAAGGAUUCGCUGAAAAAACCAUCGAUUUACCUCUUCCUGACAUUACUUUCAUUCUCGAUAUUGACCCCCGCGAAGCCCAAACCAGAUUAAAAAAAAGGCAAGAGGAAAGCGGAGAAUAUACCAACUGGGAUAAAUUAGAUUUAGAAUUUCACCAAAAAAUACGCAAUUAUUAUUUGAAAUUAAAAACUUACUUUCCGGAACGAAUUGUUAUCAUUGAUGCUAAAGAGGACGAAACACCCUUGGAAGCGGCUAAAAGAGAAGUUUUUGAAGAAACUAAUUUAAUACUAGAAAAUUGCGAAAAAAUUGGCGAGAGAAAUGCGGAUAAGUAUUCUAAUGAACUAAAAAUUAAAGAAAUUGAAAAAAUAUUAGAGAUUAAGUUCAUGGAUGUAAAUUCCCUUUCUGAAUUCAACGAAAUUGAAUCGCAUAAUUGGAAAUUCUAUGGAGGAAUAAUAAAGAAAAUUAAAAUGUUUAAAAAUUAUCAACCAGCCAACAUUUCAAAAAUGAAACUAAUCAGCAUUGAAGGAAUUGAUGGUUGCGGAAAAUCCACUUUGGCUGAAAAAUUACACCAAAAUAUUCCUAAUUCCUUAUUAACUCGGGAACCACGUGGCACCGAAUUAGAACAAGGAAAGGUAGUUAUCAGUGAUAGAUACAUUGACAGUAUGUUUGCCUAUCAAGGAAAAUUAGGAGUUGAAAAAAUUGCCGAAAUAUUAGCAAAAACUAUCCAAACCCCCUUACCCGAUAUUACUUUCGUCUUGGAUAUUGAAGUCGAAAAAGCCCGUCAGCGGCUAAAACAAAGACCAAACCAAAAAUAUUCCCCGACCGAAUCUACAUUAUUGAUGCGGACAAAAGCGAAGAAGAGAUAUUUAAAGUGGUUUGAAGAAUAUUAG